CCACAAUGUCUGCGGUGUGGAUCGAGACGUCAACAAGUCGAGCAGUCAUUUGAAAAAGUAAGAAUCAUUUCAGUCAGAAAACUCAAAGGCGAAAUCCAUUAACGGCAAGAUAAUGGAAUUCAUUGCCCUUGACAAUCAACCGUUCUCUGUUGUGGGUGAUGUUGGCUUUUUCCGACUGGUCGAGCACCACUACACACGACCAAGUGCGCUAUUUUUCAGAUGUUGCCCUACCGGAGAUACACAGUAAUAGCGUCACUGCUAUUAGCUUCACUACUGACAUUUGGACCAGCGAUAUCAGCCCCAUGAGCAUGCUGAGUCUGACGGCAUAGUGGGUCGUCGAGGAUUUCGUUCUGAGGAAAGUCGUAUUUCACACACAUGAAUGUGCUGGUUGUCAUACCGCUGCUGCCAUUUCAAUGGCAUUUUAGAACAUGUUUGGAACAUGAACACACUAGCCAGCUCCAUUCAAACAACUGACUCGAGAAAUAAGCUCAUCAACUGCACCUGCAACAGACGUGAUACCCUCUGUCAUGGCAUUGAAACGCCUGCUCAACAAAACUGCUGACACAAGCUGUGAACAAGCGAGUCGGUGGCAUUCUCUCUUUACUGUGUCACCAUCAUGCUCGAUGCUAUGUACAAGGACCGCUACUUCGAUGCAGACAAGAAACAGGGUUUACGUGAAAUGUUACAUACACAGCUGGACAGGAUGGAAAUGGACACAGUGACAGUGCGUACCGAGGAAGAGAGGCCACAGACAGACAGAGCUGAAACUUCACUGCUUGACAUGUAUGAUGAAAUCCUGGUUGGGAAUGAAAUGACUGAACAAAUGAACAACAAAACAGCACAGGAAGUUGAGAGGUCCAUGUUCCAUCUGUGAGGUCAGGGAAGGGUGCAGAGGAGCUUGCCACAGAUAUUAGGAGAGUAGCAGGACAGAUGAGGUGGGAGUGGUCAGAGAUGUGAGAGCUGUGUGGACAUGCUGUUUGUGCGCGGCUCGGGGAACUGUGUGCAGUGCGACACGCCCCUGAGGAAGAGUAACUUCCGUGUGCAGCUCUUUGAAGACCCUGCCGUGGACAAGGAGGUGGAGAUCCGUAAGAAGGUGCUCAAGAUUUACAACAAGAGAGACUUUGACUUCUCCAACUUGAGAGAAUACAAUGACUACUUGGAGCGAGUGGAGGAGAUUGUCUAUAACCUGACCAACAACCUGGAGGUGGAGGGGACAAAACAGAUCAUGGAGGCAUACCAGAGAGAGAAUAGAGACAUCAUUCAGAAGAACAAGGCCAAGCUGACUCGAGAGCAGGAGGAGUUGGAGGAGCUGCUGUUGUUGGAGCAGCAGGGGAACGAGCAGCGCAGGCUGGAGACUCUGCAGGAAGAACAGAGACAGUUACAGGCCAAGAGGAAGAGCAAGCAGGCUCUACUAGACGAACUGGAGCGCUCUCAUGUCCCCGCCACCAUCCUGCUGGCCCAACACAAGGACCGGGCCGCCCAGCUGGAGACCCAGAUUGAGAAGCAGAAACAGGUGGUCAAAACCACCAUCUUCUCCACCGGCAUCCCUAUGGGUCAGACUGUGUCGCUGCUGACCGUGACCCGGUUAGAAGAGGUUCUGUACCACUACCAGCCCAUCCACAUCCACACAUACGGACCCCCCGUCCCUGAGCUGGAGCAGCUGGGGCGACUCGGGUAUUUGAACCACGUGCGUACUGCCCAGCCCCAGGACAUGGCUGGAGGAUACAACUCAGGACUGGCGUGUCAUCGAGCCAUCCAGGAUGCCUUCAGUGGGCUCUUCCAUCCACUGGGCUGACCCCUCAAAAACAGAGAGGAGCUCAGAAAUAUGAGGCUGUCAAUAUAAACUCUUGUCUAAGGACUCAAAUCACCACCCUGCUCUACAUUGUGGAGGGAGCCAUAGACCGCUAUGGAUGGUGGUCUAAAGUCAGACCAGGAUGUAUAUGUUGCUAUUUUUGUAUUAUCUUAUUUUCAUUUUUAUUAAAAUAAAUAUAUAAAAAAAUAAGCCAGUUGCAAUCUGAACCAUGUCCUGUUUGUUGGAUAAUAAAACUUUUGAAACAAUG